AUGCCACCCAAGACGCAUCUCCUGAUUCAAGCAGCCGGAACCUGCUCGCGUGCAAGUUCUGCUGCCCGCAGAUGCUGGAGACACCUCGAGCAACACGGAGUUGCUGCAAAUGUCAGACGCAACGGCAGCCGCCGAGCCGACAAGAUCAGCCAAGACGCCAUCGAUGCUCGACGCCCGGGGUUUCCUUUGCGCUUUGCGGAGAGAAUCGGAGCAGCAGCGGCUUCAUCCCACAUGGACAACAACAAAGUCACAAACACACGAGUCGUUCAAGAUGCCUCGAGUCGUCCGCUACCGACAGCCAUGAGCCCAUCGCCCAUUAGCCAAAAGAUGACUCUGAUGGCUUACGCGACCAGUUUCAAGCGACCAAGAGACACUGCCCGGCUUACCCUCUGCCAUUGUUAA